UGUUGACUUGGACUUGUGUUGACUUGUGUAGCAACCGCGGGCAGACAUAACCAAAAAAAAGUGAACAGUUACUGAUAAUUUCUCAAAGAAAAGGGAUUACAUAGGAGACAUACACAUUUCUUUUCUUAUUGGAAAAAUAUUAUGGAACAAUAAUUGUUGGUGACUGAAGUAAAAGCUCAAUAAACAUCCUGAAGACACUGGAAACCCCUCGACAGAGGUUUUGUUUAUACCACUGUCUUCCCCAACUCCUAUAUUGACACAUGAAAGAUGAGGUCAUAGACGAAUGAUGCGUGCCCUACUGCUAACCCCAGCAGUAACGAUGGAGACAAAAGUGACAAGCAAAACCGGCAGUCUAAAGGCCCUUUUACUUCGUGCUUGGCGUGAACGCUGGAGUGACCUCCAAUGGGGAAUAAAUAUAAAGACAAUUCUUCCACGCGGAGUGAGUGGUGACGUUUACAAUUUGGCAGACUGCAUACUCCAACAGGCAUUAGUGGGGCCUGGGCCAAACGAACUCAUUCUCUCGUACCUCAAGCACUCAUUGAGCUCGCAAUUAGUGUCUUACGCAGCUGUUCUCCAACGCAUUAGUAAAUACGAUGGCUUCCACAAGCCACAUUGCAUUAUCUGUUUGUUAGAAUUUUUGGAAACCAUUCAAGUUGGAAUAACUUGCCGAGGAAGGCCAGAAGAGGAUUUUCUGGCGGCCUCUGUGUUAUCAAUUGUCCACUGGCUACUCCAGUGCUAUUUACAAAAUUUGAUUAAACUACCGCAGCAGACUUUCAUCGGCCAAGCUGUCAACUUGACUGAGAAACCGGCAAAUAUCUUGAAGCAAAUGUUGAGCUCUGACUUUCUGUGCGCUAUGAUGUAUCUUGCCAAGCACGACGACAGAGAUCUCUACCUCGAAGUCAUAAAAAAAUGCCAAGAAAUCGAGGCGUAUCACAAAGCAAAUGGACCAAAGUCGCCCCCCAUUGAGGAAACAUUGAAAAAACUGACAAAUUUUGAAAUUGAAAGUAUUUUUAUACUUCCAAAUUCAGCCAAUUCCCCAGUGGAAUCCAUCACAUAUUGCCUACAGCCAAUGUUUGCAGUCCAGGUAUUGCUGAAUGCCAGCACAGAGACGACAAUAUUUGUCAAUCAAUUUCUCAUGAUUCAAAGACUGAAAGGCUACACUAAUGCACGAUUAUAUUGCGAAAUAAUGAGGGCUUGUUUGAUGUGCUUGCACAAUGCCAUUGGGACAGUCAAAGAGUCCCAAUGGGGUGCAGUGACAUUCCUCAAAUUACCCUCAAUAUUGCGAGAACUUCAUGUGAACACACUGGCCAGUCCAGACGAAAAAUUCGAGUAUUCCCAGGAUAUUCUGGAUGCAUUUGAGCUUAUUUUUCAACUCACACCCCUGCUGGACAUAAUGGACGCCACGUGUUCGUGCAACAGCAUCGAGUGCCUCUUGACUGAACUGCAGAAAGUCAAUUUGGUGACGGAUAAGCACGUCAAACAGCUGAGUGGACGUAGAGAGGGCAUUGUAGCAGCUUUACAAAAAUUGGAGUCAUCAAGCUCGCCAACAUCAUCAAUCAUGAAAGUUAUCAUACGUGCUGAGCCAACUUUAGCUGGCAUACUGAAAACACUGAGUGCUGAUUACACGAAAAUCCAAGAGGCAUUGCUGAGCAUGUUGUGUCAGGUGCUCAACGGCAAGAGUCUGGAUCUAAUGCUGUCUGUGGCGACAGUCCAGGGCUCCCUCAAGACCCUAGUCUCGAAAUUAAUAAAAUUCAAUGAAUGCAGUAAGCAGAUUAAUGAACCUGUGCCUGGGAAGACUGCGGCCACCAGAGCCAUGCUGUUCGACAUAUCAUUUCUCAUUUUGUGCUGCAUUGUACAGACCUACGGCUCUGAUAUCGUCCUCGAAGAAGGCGGGGAUUCCUUCUUCGAACAGUGGGUGCGAGAGUGCAUGCCAGAGAAGAAUAAACCGAAAUCGCCCCAGAAAAUGCUGCACAAUGUCGACAGCGCGCGGGUUGACGCCCUUUUAACACAGAUAACGUCGUCAGAGGCGGAUUUCAAGUCCAGCAAUGUCAAGUGGCAUGUCACUUGUCAAAGUGCCAUGGGCGUCGUUAGGGAAUUAUUGUGCGCUUGGGAGGGCGGAGUCCUGAGUGCUGCUGACGUUAAAAGAGCACUCGAUGGACUCAGAUCAGCGGCCUGUUGUCUGCCUGUCAGUGCAACUGCCUGGCUCUGCGCUCACAUGGGCAUCACGCAUGAGGAUGCUCGGCUCAAACCCCUCAACAUGGUUCAGCAAUUUGUUACUCCCCUUGCUAACGACGAAAUGCAGGACAACUUCAAACACGACACGUCCAGCCUCAUGUUUCAAAUUAUAAGGAAAAUGCAGUAUGACGUUCAUCCACCAACUCAGUCUAAGACGAAGGCGCUCUCGGUGUCGCACAACAUCAUCUCGAAACAACCGAUACUGGAACAGCUCCAAUCUGUCUGGGGAGAUAUUCAACAACGCGGUUGGGUCACUAUUCAGUCCACUCAGACGCUGGAAUCUCUCCUCAACACUGGUGGCACUCUUUGGUUCGUUGCCAAUCUCGUGAAGGAGUCUCUGAAGUACAGAAAUCGCGAGGAACUUGAUCGCGCCAUCGACCUGGUCUUUGCGAUUUUCCAUUUGGACAUUGAACAUUGCACUAUUAAUCUUGUCAAUCACGUACUACCUCAAUACCUCUACAAUUCAUUGCAGGGUGAAGAACUGGUGGAACCUCAAUCAUUCCAGUUGGCAAAACUCUGUGUUUAUUGUAUUCUAUCAACUCUGGAGUACAAUAAUUCUAAUCCCGAAAGGAGUAAUAAUCGAAAACGCACACGACGUGAUAUGGAAUCUGAGGAAUUGGAGAAUCUGUGUGGGCCAGCCAACAAAAUAUUACGACUCAAUGAAGCUGGCGAUUCCAAUGCCAUAUUCGGAUCGAAUUCGCCACAAGCACAGGGUCCAACGAAUGGGCAAAAAUCAAUUGUCCUGAGGGAUCCACUGAUGAGUACUUUGAACGACUUGUUCAAAUCGUUCAGCUAUCUGGCUGGAAGAGAUGGCGAAGUGUCGCAGCAGACACAUUUUAUUCUGCAAUUUUUAAAAAUUAUGGUACAGUGUGGCAAGGACAGAACUCGGGUUGUACUCCAAGCUAUUCCACAAACACUGGUGCCCUGUUUGCUCAAAGCCCUGCCGGAACUUUUCACAACAGAUCUUCUUCUUAGGCUUUAUGAUAUUCAAACUAUUCCUGGAAGAAAAGCUAUGGCCAGAGAUCUCUGUAUGUUGAGAAACAUAAAUUUGAAACCAAUAAAAUGAAUGAUGAAUUGCCCUAUUGUAUUGACACGUGGAACACUGAUGAAUAAGAUAGAAAUUUAUUUACGAAUUUAUACAAAUAAAAAUUUACCAAAAAACC